UUCAACAAUAUAUUUUGUGUUCUUGGGUCAACAUAAACAUUCAUAGCAACUGUAUCAUCAAUCCAACUUUAAGGACUUGGUAUAAACAGUGCUUCACUUAAGUGCUUAGGUUAAAAGAAAAAGAAAAGAAAAGAAAGAAAGAAAGUACUGACUUUGAAUGGGGGUUGACCUUCAGAGGAAGUUUGGGACAGACCAAUAGUGAUCUACAUGCGUUCUUGGCAUGGAAACACCAAAAUACUUGCUUUUCACACAAAUCCAGGGAAACAGGACCACUAAACUUGUGUCUUUCAACAGUGUUCUGAGCUUGUAUAGCAGCAAUAAUGAGCUUGUUUGUUACCUUUUAUGAUUAUGUUUGUCUUGCAGCUGUUUCUUUUUUAUUCCAUGAUACUAAUUAUGUGUGCUGUGUCAUCUUUCACCCACUGAUGAACUUCCCUACCUGCUAAUAUAUAAGUGAGUUGGCCUCACUGUUGGUACCCAAACACGUCGCCUGAUGCUGCAGUAGCCAGAUGUCAUCACAGCUGUGAACAGGUUUCUACUGAAGAUGGCAGUGAUGCAGCUCUGGGCAGCGGUUUUCAUCACUUAUGGAGUCGCUACAGGAAUCGCACAGACUUUUCCACUGGACAUGGCUCUUGAAUCUGUUGAUGACAUGUACGAAGGCUGUAGUGACAGAAUGAACGCAAAGGCAAAUAUGUACCUGCUGAAGGAGAGAAAGAUGAACAUGAACUUUAGCGUGGCCUGGAAGAAAUCUGAAGAAGCCUGGGAAAAAUAUGAACAAAAAACGUCACUGGAAAAAGAUCUGUUCCAGGCGAUUUAUGUUUACACUCUCCCUGAACCAAAAAUCUAUCUUGACCUGAACAAUGCAGUUCGAACCCAGAAAUCCCAGUAUAACACCACAUUCAGGUACCAUGCACUUCACUUCUUCCUGACCAGAGCCAUCCAAACUCUCAAAGCUGGGAAGCGUAAAGGAAAAUGUCUGACCAGCUAUCGUAGGACCGAUGUUAGCUUCAGCAAGGUUGUUCUCAACAAGGAGUUUCGCUUUGGCUCGUUCACGUCCAGCUCACAGGGGGAUUAUGCCUCAGAGAACUUUGGUAAAGUGUCGUGCUUUAAGAUUUUGACACGCUUUGGAGCAGACAUCCAGAAUUAUUCUUCCUUAAAGCACGAAAGAGAAGUUCUGAUUCCUCCUUAUGAGAUAUUUAAAGUAAAAAGAAUAACUAUGGGAACAAAAAGAAACAAAAAACAAAGUUGUAACGUGAUCUAUAGGGUGGAGAGUAUAGGUGCAUCCUCCAAUUUGAACUGCACUCUUUUUCAUAAAUGUGGAAUAAGAACAAACAAAUUUUAUGCCCAGUGAAGAAAAUCUGAAUAAAAUGUUGAGAUUUAUUUUAAUUAUUAACAGACUGUUACAUUACAUUAUUAUAUUAUUGUUACCUUGUUUUUCAGCCAUAGUAACUUGUAUCUCACAUACUGUACUGUGUUCAUAGGUUUUCAGCUUGUUAUUACAACAAACUUUGUCAAAGCUUUUCACAAACAUGUGACACAUCUAAUCUAAUACUUUGAUCCUUUUCCAAAUGUUUGCGUUAUUUAUGUGAAAGAGUAGAUUUGUAAUUGUUCUACUGUUACUGCAUCA